AUGACGCGUGUCCCCUUUGGAGCCGCAUCUAGUCCGUUUCUCCUAGCCGCCACACUCCGUCACCACUUCGACAGUGUACAACAUAAGUACCCAGCGGCUACGGAGAGCCUUCGACACGCCUUCUACGUAGACGACCUCAUCGUAGGAGCCACAUUAGAAGAAGACGCGUUUCAGAUUUAUCGUGAGGCAGUCGCGAUGCUGCAAGAAGCUGUCAUGUACCUCCGCAAGUGGUGCUCCAACUCGCCGACCCUCAGCCGUCAAUUCUGCCAAGACGGCAUCGCGUACGAUACAGUGAGCAGUCAGGUGACGGUGAAGGUCCUCGGGUUGCACUGGCAUCGCCCCACCGACGAAGUUACGUUCACUAUGAAUGGCAUCUCGUCCUAUCUCGCCAUCCAGCCCAUCACGAAGCGCACCACUCUUCACGGCGUGGCACGGAUAUUCGAUCCACUCGGAUAUCUCUCACGGUUCACAAUACGAGCCCGCUUAGUCUUCCAGUCGUUAUGGGCACCCGAUGAAGGAUGGGAUGAUGCAUUACAAGCCCCGCACCUCAUGCAGUGGGCAGACUGGUGUUCCGAGCUACCGCUCUUAAACUCGAUACGUCUGCCGCGCCUUCUGCCUUCGUCGUUGACUUCAUCGGACGGCAACGACGAGAUACACGUGUUCGCUGACGCCAGCCCCCGCGCGUAUGAAGCUGCAAUCUAUCUACGCACGUUCGAUCCACAGGAACAGUCGACCGCAUCCCUUCUCCUUACCAAGGCACGUGUAGCACCAGUCAAGAGUGCCUCUCUUCCGCGCCUGGAACUCCUCGCGUGCCUCAUCGCUGCGCGGCUGGCUGCGCAUGCACGAAAGAUGCCACUGCUCUUUCCGGCGGAAUUCCGUGCGGAGUUCUGGAUAGACUCCACCGUAGCACUCCACUGGAUCACAAGCGCACAGUCCCGGACACCUGUCUUCGUUCAAAACCGUGUGACCGAAAUUCGCCGGUUGACAACAGACUCCGCAUGGCAGCAUUGUAAGAGCCGGGACAACCCAGCAGAUCUUCUAACUCGCGGGAUUCCUGCUCAUCGCCUACAGAAGGAGUCUCUCUGGUGGCACGGACCUCCAUGGUUAUCUCAGCCCCGCGAUAAUUCCGAGUGGUCCGAUCGUCCUCCGUCGCCACCACCGAGCAUUGAGGACGCUCCCCUGCCAUCGAUGUGCAACGCUGCGUCAGCAGUACGUCCUCCGCCUGUGUUCAGCUUAGAUCGUUACGGCACUCUCAGCCGAAUGCUUCGAGUCACUGCAUGGGUUACCAGGUUCAUCAAGAACGCCCAUCCCAGAAAAUCACACAACCGCGGCCCGUUAACAGCAUCCGAGAUCGCCGAAGCGGAGCUAUACUGGGUUCGGCAAGUCCAAGAGGAAGUCUUUCACGAAACCCUCGCAGUUCUUCGUCCUGUCGAUCCACUGCUCCGCUCCUCACGACUCGCGGCUCUGCGGCCUUUCUUGGACAGCGACCAGAUCCUGCGUGUCGGCGGUCGACUAGCUGAGCUUCUUGAUUCAGACAGCUUGAAACAUCCUAUCAUCUUACCAAACACGCACCUGUUCACGCAUCACACCGUGAUGCACACACAUGUACGCUUGUGCCACGCAGGGGUCCAGACGACGUUGCUUGACCUGCGGAGUUGCUUUUGGAUCCUGAAGGGGCGUCAGGCAGUGAAGUGUGUCGUCGCUGGGUGCCUCUGCCUCGUAUGCCGCCGCAUGAAGUUUCGACCAGAGCACGCUCCAUUCGCUCCUCUUCCGCGUGACCGUAUAACAGAGUCCGGCCCAUUCCAUGUCAUCGAGGUGGAUUUCUGUGGCCCCCUUUAUGCCAAGCAGGGUCCGACUGUCACGAAGAGUUAUGUCGCACUUUUUGCGUGUGCCGUCACACGAGCCGUCCACCUGGAACUUGUUAUGGACAUGACCACUUCCUCGUUCCUGCUCGCCUUUCGGCGCUUCAUCGUGCGACGCGGCGUUCCAUCCGUAGUCUAUUCGGACAACGCCCGGACCUUCCAAAUAUGCGCCGGUAUCCUCGCUCUCCUGCCCGCCGAAGAUGUGCAAAACUUUGCCGCCAACCGCCAUCACCUGGAAGUUCAAUGUUCCCUACGCACCUUGGUCGGGGCGGGUGGUGGGAGCGGAUGA